AUGUACAAGCAACAAGUGUUGGGAUGCUGUGAGUUGCAUAUGUUCAAGGGGCAUUUAUUUUUAAAACUCUUUCCACUUGUUAACGAAGCUUUGACAACAAAAUCACGUGAAAAUAGUGAACUUCAAGUCCAACUUUCAGAGAUUAAUUUAAGAUUCAACGCGGAAUUCCAAGUGAACAAUUCAAGAAUUCGUCGAAUCUUGUAA